CGUCGCGUCGUCAAGACAAGUCGCUGCACACUACUUAACCAACAGCGUACCGCCUGUUCCACGUCACGAACGUACAUUAUCCCACCAACAUGUCCGAGACUGACCGCAAGCCAACGACCAAGAAGUCGGCGCCCAAGGAGCCUGCCUCCUCCUCCGGCUCGAUCCUCCCCCGCCUGCUCGUGCUGGCCAUCUUCCUGCCCCUCCUCUCGCACUUCCUCACGGGCAACUACACGUUCUCGCUCGGCCCCGUCGUGCGGCCGUACAUCAAGGCGGUGCGCACGCACCCGCUCAACCCGCUCGCGGCGCCGCAGCGCGAGUUUACGCUGCUCGAGCUCGCGCGCCACGACGGCGCCGACCCCAACAAGCCGAUUUACAUCAGCAUCAAGGGCCAGGUGUUUGACGUGUCGGCCAACCCCCGCGUGUAUGGCAAGGGCGGCGCGUACAACAUGAUGGCCGGCCGCGACGCGUCCCGCUCGUUCGUGACGGGUUGCUUCCAGACGCACCUCACCCACGACCUGCGCGGCUUCACCGACCAGGACAUGGCCUCGCUCGACCACUGGGUCAAGUUCUUCACAGACUCGGACAAGUACCACAAGGUCGGCACCGCCAUCCUCCCCCCGAUCCACCCCGACACGCCCAUCCCGGCCGGAUGCCACGACGCGCAGGAGAAGGCAGAGGAGCGCCACGGCCAGAGGCCCCAGAACAAGCCUGCCGGUCACGGUGCUGGCAAGAAGAACCCGCACGGCGGGCGCUAAACAACCCACUGCUCCACCUGCACCGCUCUGCUCUCUGGCAAUGUAUGCAUGUC